UUCCUGGCUGAACACACUGCUCUAAGACUUAAAGACAGCAGCUCCUGAGUCUGUGAUGCUGGGUCAGCCAACAAGGAGGACUGGGUGAGUGGAUCGGUCCUUUCUUCUGGAAUCUUCUUAGCACAAUGGAAGGAAGAGGCUGACAGCCUCCCAGUAGAAAUCUCACCUCCCAGUAGAGAUCUGCCCCAGGCUGAUCCCAAGGGCCAGAAGAUGGAGCCAAGCUUGCUGAUGUGGGGAUUAUGUGUAUCCCUCAUGGUACCCAGCUGUCUGACAGAGCUGUGUGACAGUGACCCACCACAUGUCAGCCAUGCUGCCUUUAAAGCCCUCACCUACAACAAGGGCACCAUGUUAAACUGUGACUGCAAAGCUGGGUUCCGGAGAGUAAGCUACGGCUCGUCCUAUAUGACCUGUUCAGAAAACUCAUCUUGGGACAACAGAUGCCAAUGUGUAAGGAUUUCCAAUCACGUCCCAAAAAAACAAGUUACACCUCAACCAGAAGAGCAGAAAGAAAGAAAAACUACAGAAACGCAAGCUCAGAUGCAGUCCAUGUACCACAUGAACCUCAAAGAUUACUGCGUGGAGCCACCUCGUUGGAAACAUGAAGGUCAAAAGAGAAUUUAUCAUUUCGUGGUAGGGCAGACAGUUCACUACCAGUGCAUCGAGGGAUACAAAGCCCUCCAGAGAAGCCCUGCCACCAGCAUUUGCAAAAUGAUCUGUGGAAAGACAAGGUGGAGCCAGCCGCAGCUCACGUGCAUAAAUGAAAGCCAGCAGCAUCCAUUCCCAGGCGAAGAAGCCCCGCAGCUGAGCACAGAUGCUCUUCUGGAGACUGAGCCCUCCUGCCUCCUCACCACCACAGAUCCCCAAUCACCUACAGAAGCAGCGAGGACCGUGGAGACGUUCAUAUUAACAAUGGAGUAUCAGGUGGCAGUGGCUGCCUGCGUCUUCCUGCUGAUCGGUGUCCUCCUUCUCAGCGGCCUCACCUGGCAGCGGAGAUGGAAGAAGAAUAGAAGAGCAAUCUAGAAAAACAAGAGUGAUACAAAGUCAAGGACAGCCAAGAGAAGUCAUGAAAUAAAAGCAAAAUGGAGGAAAUUAAACACUCACCUAACAGAUGUUUGAUAUCUAUAGAUAGAUAAAUAGAGGAAAACUAAAAUGGUAUGAAAUUCUGCCCAUGCAAUCUAUAAUACAAUGAAAAAUGUCUUUCUAUUGAUUUUAUCCUAACUUUGUAGUUUGAAAAUCCCAAGUAAAGUUCAGCACUAAUGUAUAUAGUCAUUCUGCUUUCCUCCCCUCCCCUAGUUACCCCUCCACUCUCUUCUCUCUUCUUCUGUCCCUUCUCUACUCUCUUCCAUCCCCACCCCCCAUGACCAUGUAGAUCUUUUCCCAGGUUGGUUAGCCAACUCACUGCUUACAGAACAUAAUUAAAAGAUGUUGGGUUGGUAAAUAGGAAUUUUUAUGUCCUUAGUUCAUUUCUAUUUUCCAUUGAGGCUUUCAGAUUUUUAAAAAAAUUAUUGUUAUUAUAAAGAUGAUGUACAGAGGGGUUACAGUUACAUAAGGUACCUCCUUCCUUCAUGCCCUAGUUUCAGAUUUCUAAAAUCCAAAAGUUGUGGCAGAAGAAAUGUUGGGCAACAACAGAGUAGAUGUCACUUCCAAGCCCUUGGAAGUGUACAGCUUUGUCAUUUGAAAACAUUUGAAAUAGAGUGAAUGUCAGGAACUAAAAGACAAACGAGGUCCCAGGUAAUGAAUUAUACUAUCAAAAUGUGUCCCCUAUCCAGAAGUUUGUUACAGCUGAAUAUGGUAACCUGGCACCCUGGAGGCUGAGGCAGGAAGAGAUCAAGUUCAAGGCCAGAUUAGGCUACAUAGGGAGACCUUGUCUCAAAGAAAAGACACACAACAACAACAAAGAAGAGUCUGUGUCCUUAGUAUCGCUAUAAAUUAUUCUCUGAAUUGCCCUGCAUGAAUUCUAUGUUCAGAACUAGAAAAACGGAUAGACACAGUUCCCAAUAUGUACCAUAAGCCAAUGAAGAGGGCUUGAUCGUUUCCACGUUUAUGGCAGAAGAAGGAAAGGAAGGGAGAGAUUAUACUGACAAAGUUCCACCAUGGAAAAGAUACCCCAGUGAUUCACAGACGUUUCCCCAAAGUUCGGCCAGCCAGACUCACCUGGAGGCCUGUGAAAGUGGAGAUGACUGGGUGUAUUUCAGCCUCUGCAUCAGCACACCUGGGCUUACAUACCUGGCAAGGUCCCAGGUGAUGCUGUGCUUGCUCUUCUGUACACACCACCCUCUUCUACUAAAUCUUCUACCAAACAGAAAACAAAUCAGCUGCAGGUACUCAAGUCCCAGCCAAAGUUCUUCAAUCUCUUGUGUAAGAUAUUUCCUCUUCGUUAUGUUGAGUCAGAUAUUCAAGUUUAAAAAAAAGUUCAAGCUU